GACGAAUAACACCGCCGCGGCUGCUCAUAUCACCGGAAGCACACUGGUCUAAAGUGGAGCGCUUUUUAUUUUUUUAUAUAUAUAUAUUUUUGGUUUGCUGCAACCCCCCUCCCCCUCCCCCUCCUCCUCCCCCUCCUCCUCCUCCUCCUCCUCCUCCUCAUCAGACCUCCCGCAGAUGAGCGCCGUGUGUGCAUGAAAGGCUCUCUCGCAGCUUCGACGCCAAAACCGGACGAUUGCGUGCGGCGGGUUUGACAGCGAGAACACACCCCGGGGCGCCACAUCCACCAUGGCGUUGACGAUCUGCACGAGGUUUACCGACGAAUAUCAGCUGUUUGAGGAGCUGGGGAAGGGAGCCUUUUCUGUGGUCAGGAGGUGCGUGAAGAUCUCCUCAGGUCAAGAGUAUGCUGCCAAGAUCAUCAACACCAAGAAGCUCUCUGCCAGAGAUCAUCAAAAGCUGGAGAGAGAGGCCAGGAUCUGCCGUUUACUGAAGCACCCCAACAUCGUGCGCCUCCAUGACAGCAUAUCAGAGGAGGGCUUCCACUAUUUGGUAUUUGAUCUCGUGACGGGAGGAGAGCUCUUCGAGGACAUCGUGGCCCGCGAGUACUACAGCGAGGCCGACGCCAGCCACUGUAUCCAGCAGAUCCUGGAGAGUGUCCAUCACUGCCAUGUAAAUGGGAUCGUCCACAGGGAUUUGAAGCCUGAGAACCUUCUAUUGGCCAGUAAGCUGAAGGGGGCGGCUGUCAAGUUAGCUGACUUUGGGCUGGCUAUCGAGGUGCAGGGGGACCAGCAGGCAUGGUUUGGCUUUGCUGGUACCCCGGGAUACUUGUCUCCUGAGGUUUUGAGGAAAGAUCCAUAUGGGAAACCAGUGGAUAUGUGGGCCUGCGGAGUGAUUUUGUACAUUCUGCUGGUGGGCUACCCUCCAUUCUGGGACGAAGACCAGCACCGUCUUUAUCAACAAAUCAAGGCUGGGGCCUAUGACUUCCCAUCCCCCGAGUGGGACACUGUAACUCCUGAGGCCAAAGAUCUGAUCAACAAGAUGCUAACCAUCAACCCCAGUAAACGCAUCACCGCCUCGGAGGCCCUCAAACAUCCCUGGAUCUGCCAACGGUCCACCGUAGCUUCCAUGAUGCACAGGCAGGAGACGGUGGAGUGCCUGAAGAAAUUCAACGCCAGGAGGAAACUCAAGGGGGCCAUACUGACCACUUUGCUGGUCACAAGAAACUUCUCAGCAGCCAAGAGUUUGCUGAACAAAAAGUCAGACGGCGUUAAGGUCAACAACAAAGCAAACACAGCGACCAGUCCUAAAGACACUGGCCCUGCCCCUGCACUGGAACCACAGACGACUGUGAUCCACAACCCUGUGGAUGGAAACAAGGAGUCCAUCGAGAGUGCCAACACCACCAUCGAAGACGAGGACGUCAAAGCCUGCACCAAUAACACUAAAGCUCGCAAACAGGAAAUUAUCAAAGUCACCGAGCAGUUGAUUGAGUCUAUCAACAAUGGAGAUUUUGAGGCGUACGCGAAGAUUUGCGAUCCCGGUCUGACUUCCUUCGAGCCCGAGGCAUUGGGAAAUCUGGUCGAAGGACACGACUUCCACCGCUUUUACUUUGAGAAUGCCCUGUCGAAAGGCAACAAGCCAGUGCACACCAUUCUCUUGAACCCGCACGUUCACCUCAUCGGGGAGAACGCGGCGUGCAUCGCCUACAUUCGCCUGACCCAGUACAUGGAUGGCGGCGGCAUGCCGCGCACCAUGCAGUCGGAGGAGACCCGCGUGUGGCACCGCCGUGACGGCAAGUGGCAGAACAUCCACUUCCACCGCUCCGGCUCACCCAGCAUCCCCUCUCAUUAAUGGAAUAAAAAGAGAAGACCAUCCCAUCCCAUCAGCUAAUGUGUGAGUAGGGCAGUCGAGGCAACCCGUGACCGCUGUCCAACCUUUGACCCUCUCAACACGUGGCACAGGACACAAAUAUGAAUACAUUUUACAGUUAUGGCAUUUAAUCAAUGGACUUCAUUCUAAAGAAACCACCGGCAGGUGGCUGCACACAGUAUUAGGACAUUACGAAAUGAGCAUUUUGGCAACUUUUAUUUUGGUUUUGUUUUUUAAGAUGUUUUGGUAUGCAUUUGAAAUGUAUCAAUUCGAAAUCUACUGCUGUAACCUCUCCUGGAAAUUAAUUGUGAAUUUUCACGUGUAUUUCUGUGUGUAAGACAAAACAAAAAGCAAUUGGAAGAUCUGAAUGUUCAAAUUGAGCUUGCUUUAGUUCUGGUGAUGUAUAUACUCAUUGUGAUCGUUGAUGAAAACAAAAACAAACGUCGAAAUUGCUAUGGUUUUCAGAGGAAUUAAGAGUUUAUGUCAAAAUCCAAUCGACAAACUAUAUUUAUGUUUGCUAUGAGCUAUAAGUCACCGUUCGAAUCGUCUGACUUCAACAUAUAAUCCUAAUUUAAAUGUAAAGAAAGCAGAGUUUACACUUUGCAUUGGAAUAUGUUUGCCUUUAUAUCAGUGAUAUAAGAAAUAAGAGAAUGUAGCAUAUAUGUAAUAUAUGAACAUCCAAGACUAUUGUGUAGUGCAUGGGGGGAAAUAUUGAGUAAGACCAUAUGAAACGAUAAUAUCUUCUGUUUGAGUUGUGACUCACUGACUUAUUUGUUAAUGUUGUGCACCAGUCCUGUCCCAAAUGUUUCUACUGUCCUCCGGUAUCAUGGAACUGUUGUAAAACACAAUAACACAAUCAAAUUCAAAGCUGCAUAUCCAAGGGGAAGGGUGGCUCAAGAAGAAGAUGGGGCUGGGGGGUGGGGGGGGGGGGGGGGGGGGGGGGAAGAAGCACCUCUUACAUUUUGUAUAAACAUGUUUAGGAAGUGAGCUCAUUUUUCAUAAUGUUUGUACUUGUUUAUUGUAUGACUGUACACAUAGGGUUUUCUGUUGUCCUUCUCCCAGCGUGUUACAUUGCCAAUUGCACAGAGACGAUGACGAAGAAGACGGAGCUUCAGAUGAAUUGCCAACUUGGCUAAAGUGGCGUGAAAGAUUUGAAGGGGUAAGCCGGAUACGAGGUGUGAGGCAUGUCUUCCUUGACGAUUCCUAGCAGGACAGCAACGCCUGUGUCCUUAUCAUCUUUGAAAUUGCUUUGUGUCUGUCGCUCUUUUUUUUUUUUUUUUAAAUGGCAAAAUACAGAAAACCUUCCUUUUGAUGAAACGUACGAUGUCAAAUCAAUGCACAGCUCUUUAACUGGUGUGUAACUGUUGCCAGCACGGCAACGGAUGGUUUAUGUUUAAGAAGUAAUAAAUGAGCUAAACAGUG